AUGGAUAUCCUUGCCCCGCGCUCGCCGCCCUCAAGGGUCGACUCCCCUUACCCUUCCGCCUCGCACACAACAACAAUGGCAAGCCGGCUUGGUCCGACAUUUGCAACUGCUCUUUAUUUUCAACGUGCUGUGGGCAGUCUCUCCGUCUUCUUGUGUUGGCGGGCAUAUGUGCUGGCCACCUUUUCCUUGACGACUCUGCUCCAGACAGCCAAGCUCUUGACCUUUUAUGCCUAUGUUCGUAUGAAGUUUGGCGCCUUUCACGGCUACAUCAUGUCCACUAGAAUCGUGGCGGGGGUCUGGGACUCCAAAGCAGUCCAAAUGCUUCGCCAAAAACUCUUUUACGAGUUCGCCCUCUUCAUCCUCGGCAUGGGCAACCCUCUCAUUCUUAUGCUCUUCUGGCCGGGGUGGGUUGUCAUCUGUGGCACGGCGUGGGCAGCGUGGCAGUUUUGCAUUUAA